UCGCUGUUUCAUGUAGUUCGCAAGAAAUGUCGUCUUUUGCCUCUUUUCAGGUUCAGGUGGCCUCCAUCAUGGAGGUUUUAGCGAAAACGGCAGCAGCAGAAAUUACUAAACUAGUUGAUGAUGGGUCUGCUGUUUGGCGAUUGGAGAUGAGCAGAAGCCAAAGAGAGAACGAAGCGCUAAAAGCGAAGUUACUGCUGAUGGAGGGAGAGCUCAGGGCUGUGCGAGGAUACGGAGAGGGAACGCCGGACAAUUCUCUAAAACUCUCAUUUGAAGUUCCGGUUUGCGACGAAUUCACAGACGCACAAAUACGCACUUCAGGGGCAGCUGCUGCUAAUGAUGGUGGUGAAGGACCCCUCUGUAAGGAGGAGGAGCUGCACAUGCAGCCCUGCCCUGCAGGAGACCCAAAAAAGGAGCUGCAAGCAGAACUCAAACAGGAGCCAGAGGAGCAGCCUCUCACCCCCACACUCCCCCUGCUGGAGUCCGCAGACUGGGGGAUGGAGCUCCAGACUGUGUGGAGCAAGGCCAACAGCUUAGAAAUUUCUCAGGAAAAAAGCAGACAGUGCAUAGGAAGCUCGGAGCAUGGCGACACCCGGUUAGAUGACGACUUCUCUCCUCCGCAUUACAGAGCUCGGAGGCCACACUCGGAGAAGGGCGAGGGGUCAGCAUCACAACAACAGAAACAAAAUGGCCGCCCCCUCUACAAAGAGUGCUCUCAUGGGCUGCCUGAUGAGGUUUCAGCAGAGAUGCCGUUCCUUCUGGGUUCUCCAGGAGAGUGUGAUGGAAGCGCCCCAUGUGAGGUGAGUUCUGACACGUCAGCAGAAGCAAAGAGUCCCUGCAGAACUGAGGGACAGGAGGAGUUCAUCUGCACAUGCUGUGGGAAGACGUUCUUGGACGCUCUUGAACUGAAGAUGCACGAGGAGCAGCACAGUCUGCAGAAACAGAAGAGCAAUCUCAAAAGUCACCAGAGUGUCCACACAGGAGAGAAACCCCACUGCUGCAACGAGUGUGGAAAGACCUUUGCCCACCAAUCAAAUCUUAAAUCUCACCAAAAGGUCCACAGCGGGGGGAACACCGUUCAGUUGCACACGGUGCAGCAGGAGUUUCUCCCAGAAUCACACUCUUCAGAGACGCGUGCUUUCUCACAAUCAGGACUCCAGACUAACAACGUCCCGGGGACAAUAAACAGUGUGUUUGUGAUUAACUGA